AUGCCUCCUUCAACUCCGCAGCGACCUCCUCCAACUCUGCAGCCACCUCCUCCAACUCUGCAGCCACCUCCUCCAACUCCGCCAUCGCCAGUUGAGCCUAAGAAGGAGCUGCCACUGACUGCCCCCGUUCCUCCACUUCAGUCAGGAGUUUCCCAGAAGAAGCUGAUGCUGGCAGCUGCAGCUGCUGAUGAAAAGGCCUCCGUCUACCCUGCCUCCAAAGCGGUCGUUUACCCCAGUGCGUUGCAUGCAGCCAGCUGCGCAUUCGCCUUGUCUUCAUUUGUCUCAGAGCUAGCCAAGAACGCCCCCUGCUUGCCCUUGGAGCACAGUUGGGGGCCCAUGCAUUUUUUCUUUCGGGGGGCCCCCUUUCAGGCGUUUGAGGCGAUUGAGCAUUUGGCUGAGGAGCGCGAGACUCUUCAAGGACGUGCUCAGACCCUCGAGAGACAGCUGAAAGAAGAAUCUCAACAGCACCAACAGACAAUCACCAAGUUCAUCGAGCGACAGCAAAGACUGUUGCAUGAGACUUCCCAAAGGGCAAUCAAAGUCGGGACUGGAAUCGCAAAACUUGAAGGCACAGUAUCGCGUUGGCGCAUGCGUCAGCUGUCGUUCUCCAUGAUGCUUUUUUCUACUGCUUGGGGGCGUUGCAAAGUAGCGGAGGAAGUUGCGCGGACUCGCUGGGAGGCUUCCCAGCGGACUGGGCUCGCUAACAACCGCUACAGAGAGCGAAGCGUUAGGCUCCUCGCUCUCCUUCUCUGCUCCUUUUACAAAAAGCGCCUCGCUGCUGGCAUCUACGCCCUCUUCGUGUUUUCCCACGAUUCGAGCCGUGGUGACGGCCUCCUCUUCCCCGGUAUAGUAGACGGCUUGUCUGACGAUCGGACUCGUUUGGCGCUGACGGCGAUGGCGCAGGCGAAGCAGGAUGCCGCUGUGUUGCGGAACCUUGUCGAGGAGGAGACUGCCCAUCUGGAAGCAGAGCGCUUGUACCUUAGCAGAUGGAGAAACCAACUCUACCACCUGUCUCAGGCUGUUAAUCAGCAGGCUGUAGAUGCCAUUGUCGAGGCAAGACUCAACACACAUGCAAUGGCUCUUGAAAACACGAGACGCUGUGGGAGUGAAUUCAGCGAGGUGGCUCGUUGGGUGCGAUGUACCCCGUGGAUCGAGGUGUGCUUGCUAUGUGUGCCAAAGGAAGUGACUAAAGCAAGAAAACCCUCCAAGGCAAACACGAAUGCAGCAGAGUCCCCACAGGGUGCAUGCAGCCCAUAG